CUGCAUGCUUCUCCCUUGCAUCAAGACUUCCUCCACCUUGUCUGUGCAGAAGACAAAGCUGUUCGGAGUCCGCUCUGCGUUGUUGUACAGUUUGAAUAUUAACAUGUGGCUCAGCCAUGACUGUGCUGUACCAGUGGAAAAAAAAAAAAAAAAACCUGGGAGGAACAAGGACGGGCUCUGUGGAGGGAGGAGCUGCUGUGGAAGCGGCCCUGUCAUUGGUCGGUGACGUGUUCUGCCUGCCUGCAAAAGCUCGCCCGGUUGGCUGCUGCUCUGCAUUGAGCACAGCAGUUGUGAAGAAUUACCCCUUCUCCUUUCUGCCCAGUCUCUCUCUUUCCUGCCUCUUCCCCUCACAUUAAUGACUGUCUGGGAAUCAUCGGUGUCGACCACGUGUGCCAGCCUGUGCCACCUCAAGGACACCGCUGUUCACAGUAUAUUGCAGCAGGAUUCCCAUCAACAAGACAACAAGCAAGGACAUGCAGAAGAGAGGUCAGUGAGGAGGAUGACAACAGAGGAAUAAAGGACAGCGAAGGAGGGAUGAGAAAGAGACUGAAGUAAGAGGAGGAAGUGGAACUCUGAAGGGCCUACUGCGAGGGGUUGUCUGCUGCCGUCUGACUUUGCUGGAUGAGAGCAGGACGGGGCUCAGUGUGUGUUUGGCCUUGAAUCGAGGCUAUAUUUCAUCCUGACAGCCACAGUCAUCCAUCCCAUGUUGCUGAGCUGCAGUCCCAACAUAUCCUGAGCGGAGCCGCCACCUCGUCUCAUCAGUGCAAGGAGACCUUCCCUAUACGAGGUUCUGCUUUUUUUCCCCCGUUCUACAGUAAUCUUCCUAAAGAUAACUAGCACCACAGAGACUACCACAGCCUCGGCCAUGUUGACGUGAAUGUAACGGUGACUUACGGUGGGCGUCCUUUAAGUCAGACGAAGGCGCAGAUGCUCAGCAACAUAUCUAAGCAUUCCAGAGUGAUGUCCUCAGAGUAGUUUCAUUUUUUUUCCUUUUUUUGAGACAGAGCUGGCCUCUGCUCACGGUCAAGGCCCUCUAUCUCGCCCCAGUGAAAUCUCAGCUGCCACAUUUCCCAGGAAGAACUAAUAAACAUCCCCCAAAAUACAUUGAACGCAAGGACUCGCUGCCUAUUUGUGCUGAGGAAAAAACAGAGAAUAUUUUUGCUUCUCUUUCCUCUCUGUUUUGCUGGGGAUCCUUUUUCGUGCAUGAACAUUAGUCACCCUUGCACUCGUCAGACAUUUUUCCGUCCAUCUGUUUAGUGUUUGUGAGCAUCUCCAAUGGCUGUCAGCAUGAGCAUGGGACGGGACACCAAAUGGCUGACCCUGGAAGUGUGUCGUGAGUUUCAGAGAGGCACCUGUUCAAGGUCUGAUGCCGAGUGCAAGUUUGCCCACCCCUCCCGGAGCUGCCAUGUGGAGAACGGCCGAGUCAUCGCCUGCUUCGACUCGCUGAAGGGACGCUGCACACGUGAGAACUGUAAAUACCUGCACCCACCUCCACACCUGAAAACCCAGCUGGAGAUUAACGGGAGGAACAACCUGAUCCAGCAGAAGGCGGCGGCCGCCAUGUUGGCUCAACAGAUGCAGUUUAUGCUGCCUGGAACCCAGCUGCAGCCCAUAACCACAUUCUCGAUGACGCCCUCCCUGGCAACCAGUCCCAGUAUGGCGUUCAGUCCCUAUCUGAGCCACAUGGGCCACGGCAUGGGCUUGAUGCCUGAACUGCUGCCCAGUACGCCCCUCCUGGUCCCUGGGAGUCCCACCGGCCUGGCAGCCAUGGGCAACGGCACCUCUGCACAAAAACAUGUGCGCACAGACAAGCUGGAGGUUUGUCGGGAAUUUCAGCGCGGUAACUGCACGCGGGGCGAGAGCGACUGCCGCUACGCUCACCCCCUGGAGGCCGGCAUGGUGGACUGCAGCGAGAACUCGGUGAUAGUCUGCAUGGACUACAUCAAGGGCCGCUGCAGCCGAGACAAGUGCAAGUACUUCCACCCGCCUGCUCACCUGCAGGCCAGGAUCAAGGCUGCACAGCACCAGGCCAGUCAGAACGCGAUCACCAACACAGGCUUGGCUCUGCCGCCGGGGGUCAUGCAGCAGCUACCAAAGAGGCAGAUUUUAGAGAAGAGCAACGGAACUGCUUCCGCUAUCUUCAACCCCAGCAUGUUCCACUACCAGCAGGCCCUGGCUAACAUGCAGCUGCAGCAACAAGCCUUUAUCCCCGCUGGACUUAUGAAAACCCCGGCCCCGCUGGCAGCGGAGAGCCGCUGGGAAAGGAGGGAGUGGAGCAGCUGCAGGCAAAUCCCCAGCCGCUUCCUGUCAGUACCUGGACUGAGUGUAGAAACCUCAGAGCUUCUGACCUCUGAUCCAGUGGAGCUCCAGUGCGUUCCCAUGGAAACCCAUUUCUGUCCCGUCCCCAAACUGCUGAUGGCAGCUCCAGUGGCGCUAAACUCAGUAAGCCUUUCCCGAAACACCAAUUAAAGUCCCUGAAACAUGCAGCAGUACCGGGGGCGGCCAUCUUUCUGAAUGCAGCGAACACGUGCCUCGCCCCCACACUGCACACGACUGAGUGGCAAUGUGACACUUCUUAUGUUCUGACAGUAGGAAAGCUGCGAUGGUUCACGCAACACAAGCCCGGACAUACUACUGUUGCUUUAAAGCAGCCAUCCUGAUGCAUACUGACUUGACCAGGCAGAGCAAUAGAGCUCCCUCGUUGUUACAGCCAUACAUGCCCACACCUUAAACGUGCAGCAGACGUGUGCACACAAACACACACACACACACACAUACACUUGUAAGACUAAAAAGCCCUUUAUGGGUUGAAGCCAUGAACAUGUGGCGACCCAACACAUUUGACUGUUCCAAAGUAUGAAACUCUGAAAAGUUGAUUCUGGAAAAAUUCAGACGGUUCAAGCAUCUCGUGUGAAACGGCCGCUGGUCUGCAACCAGUACAGUUUGUCAUAACGAAGGAGUGUUUCAUGUCAUGUCAUGUUUACGUUUCAAGAUGGCUACAAAUGUGACACUGGUGUGAGUCGUUGUUCAUUUGUUUGUGCCUUUUGGUUUUUAUCAGCUCAGCUGCAGAGGAGACGUAGUUUCCCACAAGAUACACUGAAAUACACAAAUACACUGAAAGAUGUUAUUAUUGCCAAUCAAAGGCAAAAUAUGUCGUUAAAAAAAAAUCUGUAUCAACCUAUAGUCCCUCUUAAUUCCUCCAGUAAUUACGGUGAUCACCACUUUGAAUUGUUUUAUAAAUAUUAAGUAUGAUUUGAAUCAGCGUUUCAUAGUCAGUAUCUGGUGCUUACUGGAUAAUGGCAGCAAGUGUUAUUUUUCUUUUUACUUCCUUUUAUUUAAAAGUCCUUAAAAAAAACUAUAAAUUACAUAACAUUUCUGGAUCUAAGACACAAACUGCCUUAAAGCAGCUGAGGUGGUGUUCGCUAUGUGGAAGCCUGUCUCGGUAUAACUCUGAAAGUUUCACAUCAGACAGCUCAACUCGCUAUUACUCUUGAAUUUGAGUGAAUUCUCUGGACUCGGUCAGUGGUUGUGUCCUGUCAGUAAUUGUCUAAUGAUUGAAAUACGGUUUGUUUGUCCUUUUUUCACCGUGAUUUCACAUCCAAACAUGGUGUAAAAAAAAAAAGACAAUCUACAAACGCAGUCAAUUUCACCUUCUGUUAAAGCUACGAGCCUUGGACUUAAAUCCGGAUUCCCUGAAAUAGAAACAAAGUUAUAUUUAUGAGGGUCAGAUCUGAGACGUUUUAAUUGGUACUUCGUAAACUUUUAAACCUGAUGUCAGAGGAGGAAGCUGGAUCUGUUUCCUGAUGUUGUGCCUAGUCUGUGUGCCAAGUGGUGGUAUAUGCAAGGUGAUGCCCCCAUUCAAUGCAAUACCUGAAUAACUCCUCCUAAUGAACGUCUCCCCUCGUCAGUGCGGAUAUGUAUUUUAAACGGGCAGUUUGUCUAAUGUAAGUGUCUCCUCUCAUGUGGCUCUUGGAUCGAAUGAGCGGCACAAGAUUUUUAUGUUUCACGGCUCUUCAGGGAGAAAGCUUAGAACUUGAAAAUAUCCUGUCUGACUUUAAAUUGUGUCGUCUUUUCUACUGAUGUGUCCUGUUCGUCUUAAGUCGCCAGACUCUAAAUAUUACAGCGACAGUUAGUAACCAGGACUGAGUUGUGGCGAAGUUAGAAGAUGGAGGAAUGAGAAGGAAAUCACCCCUUUGAAAAAAGACAUUUACGAACCAGUUGGAUUUCUGGUUUUCAAAUGCCUGUGAUGAAUUGCUCUGAUGGCAUGUGAAAUUAAACAUAACGGCUUCGGGAACUGGGCUGAAAUAACUUUUAUCCAAAUUCAAACGUGCCUCUUUAAAGUCUCCUCAAACCACUGCUGUCAAUACACUGUAGGAACAGACCAGUGCUCAAAGAUAGAUGUGUUAUUUGGUACAUUAUUAUUACGGUGAAUCAUAUCUGUACUAGUUUCUUCUCUGAGACAGCUGUGCUGUCCUAUUGUUAAUGUAAAGUAAAUAAAUCAGUGUAUUGUGUGCAUUGUAAAGUGUGUUGAGACAAUGAAUCGCCGAAUUGGUUUGUUGUAAAUGCUGCAGAUAAUUUCCCACUGAACAUCAUUAAUUUAAAGAUAAUGUCAUUGUGUCGUGAAUGUAUCUAAAGCAAAAACUAUUCAUGCUCCUCUAAAAGACAGGCAUGUUGAAAUGUAAUGAUUCACUAUAUAUAGGCUAUUUCUUAGGUCACAAAGGUACCAUGCUGAUAGUGUGUAAAGACAUAUAAAGUAUGUGUAUUGUUCUAUAGAUUUAUAUUUAAUGUCAGUGGGUGAUGUGACUACUUUUAGAAAUAUCUUUCACUCUCAGAAAAGGUAGAGCUGAAUUGUGCUUUUUGAAGUACCAAUGUAAACCAUACAGGUAAAUUACAGUACCAGUCAGUUUUUGUACCCCAACUGUGGAAAAUACCCAAAGUGCCCAAAAUGCACCAAUUAACAAUGAUGUAACCGUUGGGCAAAUUUGACACAAUUAGCAUGUUACUCUUUUUUUCCUGCAGUAUUUUGACCUUUUCUCGUGGUUUGGAUCGGACAGUUCUCCUCUGUGCUGCGGCCCUUGUUUAGGGAAUAAGGAAGUGUAGACAGACCAGCCAGUGGGAGAUGCUCGUGCAGCAACAGGGACGUAAUCAUUCACUGGCUUCACAUCUGUAUCAAUUAUGUUCAAUGAGGCAAGUUGGAACCCUUGAUAAUAACAAUAUCCCUUCUGUCUAUCUAUGAGGAAAUCAAUACUGCUCUCCUGUUCAUGAGUUUUAUUUGAUUAGCUUAGCACAAACCUGGAGGCAGGGGGAAACAACUAGGCUGGAAUCGUUGCGUCUUUCGUUAAUUUCGUAGUAUUGCGUUCUUUAACUAUUUCUUGACCAACAACCAGGCAAAGUGCACAAUCUGGAAUCUCUUGAAAACAUCAAUACGAAGAAUUGUGACCGUGAUGGACAUUUUUAUCAGUUACAAAAUCAAACACUAACUAUAUAUAAGUUUUCUAAACGGCUUCAAACCCAGUCUGGCAUUUCUGUUUCACACUUUCUUGUUAUUUAUUGACCAACAUUCUACAUCGUUGCAGAUCAAUGUAAAGUGUAAAAAUCUCUGCAAUGAACUAAAGCAUUGUUUUCCCUUGUUUCCAGUCUUUAUGGUUCUAACUUCAAAAUACCAAACAGACAUGAGAGUGAUAUUAAUCUACUCAUCUAAUUCUACGAAAAGAAGGUGAAUAUGUGUAGUAUUUAUUUAAACAUUUACAUUUCAUCCACAUGUGGAUCACAUUCCACUGGACAACAGGUGUCACAGGAAUAGCGAUACAACAUGAUAUAAAUGUGUUUACAAAUUGCAUUCUCAAAUAGAUUUUAAAUUCCAUUAUUAAAUGUUGAAUUUAAUAACCUAUUUUUUAAAUGAUAUAUGUUUAUUGACUAUGUUAUAUUUUGUCAUUUGAACUAUUGAUUGAUGGAUAAACAUUUCAUUUGUAGAAUUUUUAUAUAAUAAUAAAUUGACUUGCAAAGAAGAUUCAUGAAUGCAUAUUUUUAUUGCACAGCUGAUGUUUUAACUCUUUUUCUGUGACACGUGUUGUCCUCCAUAUAAAAGCAGUACCUAGCCUGUUAUAUGUCUGGUACCAUACAUCUGUAAAAUACUUUUUGUCACAGACAUAUACUGUACUUCUCCUUUAACUCUGUAUUCGAGGGUUUAGCAGCUAAUUUUAGUGAAAAACUUUCUCUCCUGCUCAUGAAAUUGAGGAUUAGAAUGUCCCCAAAAAUUAUCUCAAUCUUGCGGUUUUGAGAGUUUAGAUUUGUCCAGCCAAGAAAGCCCCUCCUUCUAGCCUUUAUCUCAUCCCCCCCCUUCACAUAAUUUUGCCUUGACUGAAAAAAAAAACGAAUACUUGAUGAAUAAGUUGUGGCCCUUGAGGGCUUCGAACUUUGAAGUACAUUAAGACGUAUGUAUUGAUGCACAAGAGUGUGUUAGUUAGUGGAUCUGCAGUGUGGCAUGAGAAACAUUUUACUUCUUUCCUUUCUCUAAUUCUCAUGUACAUGAUUUUCUCAAAUGCAAAAGGAUCUGAUCACUGGGUGCAGUGACCAGAUCCUUUAGCAUGUGGACAAUUAAUUCAGCCUACUAUUGUUUCCUAGGGCACAAACAAAGGGCCUUAUUUCUUGAUCACUGUAUAAAGAUAUGAUAGCUGUGUAUCAAAAUGACUUGUAUUAAUGGUAAGUUAAGCUUUUUUUUUUUUUUAAAUCUAACUUAAAACAAAAACACAGCAUGAAAUAAAAAAAAAACUCAUUUAUACAUAGUUAAUAGUUUGUGUAGACCAACAAGAAAAAAUAUACAAUGUGAAAAUCAUUUGUAUACAAUGAUGGAGUCAUUGUAAACGGUAAUAGUUGUGGUUGCUAUGGCAACAAAAUGACAACAUGGCUACCUUUCUAUUAUCCUAAUUGUGAAUUUUUUCACAUUAAUUGAAAUAACGUACACCACUAACUUAUUCAAGAAGGGAAUGUCUAAUUAGUUUGUCUUGUUAUUGCGACGUGAUGAAAUAUUUUAUAUGGAAAUCUUCGUAAUAUCCAAAGGUCCUUAGGGGAGAUCAGGUGUUUAUUUUGUUGUAUUAAUUUGACCUUAAUUGUUUUCUCUUUUUUGUUAUUCUUGAACAUGUUAUUUUUGAGAAAUAAGAAUGGACUUAAACACCUUUCUGUCAGGGAGGUGAAGAGGCUUUUGGACUAAGUGAAAGAUCUUCAUCUUUUUCUGUCAAAUCAAACUAAUCGGUUCACUUCCUGCCUGCAGCGUGGACGGCUCUCCUCUCUUUGCGGAGGUUUGAGGUUUUAUCAGUGAAUUCUGUUUCAGUUUCGGCCCAGAACGUGGUCCAGAAGUCUCUUCCUGCCCAGCUGUGCUGGGUGAUGACGAUCCUUACUGAGGUGUAUCUGAAUGUGUGAUGUUCACCUUGUUUGCACUUAUGUACAUAACUAUGUCAAAAUACUCAAAAUUUAUUUUGAAUAAAUAUAGAGAAAAGAGUUGAUUAAAAAAAUCUAAUCAGUGUAUUGUUAAUGAUAUGUCUAUCAUUUUAUUACAGUAUAAAAAGAUCACUUUGAGGGAUCUGCCCUUUGUUUGUUUGUUUGCUGGAGCCCUGUUCUAAUCCAAGCAUGACGUUGCCUCGCUCUAAACCAUGAAUGGGCUGCGGGUUUAAAAAGCUUUUUUCAGUUCGUUUCUGGUUCAAACCUGACAUCCAACAAUAGAGAUGGAUUAGAAGAAACAGUCCCUCUGGAAUAAUUACAACAAACUAAUACUAACACCUGGUUGUUAUAUGCUCAUCGUGAUGACACAAAUGCAGGCUCUUUCCUCUAAAGCAAAAUAAAGCACAGGGUAGCUUCACCUGAAAACAGCUGGGAAACAAGAGGAGCAGAUAUGAGAUCAGACUCUAGAGAGAGAUGAACAUGAGAUGUGUUUUAAAUCCACUUUCAUUUCUGUCAUUUUGUGAAAUGGGUUAUUGUUUUCCCCCUUGUUGUCAUUAUCCAAAACAACAAUAAAUCUGAAUUCUCCUGCGGAUUUACGUCACAAUCGCAAACAACCUGUUUUUGCGAUGUUAUUCUUGGAGCAGCAGCGUCCUUGCGUAACUCUGUUCCUGCAGAUUUAGACAUUCACUGCUCUCCAAUUGCUCUCAAAGCCAGCGAUUUUGUUGCCAUGGCACUUGUCCUAGCGGUGGACAGACUGAGUCAUCCUGGUGAAUCGGUUCACAGCCCCUCGGACUGUUGUUGAAUAUUGACUUUUAAGUGUCUGUUCACAGAGACGGCUCUCUGUACGACGUGUACCCAAACCUCACCAAAGGUUCUCUGCUGUGACUAACCAGCAGCCAUCAUCACUGCAGUGCCAACGUACAGUAUGGGGGAGAAGUACAUGUGGAGUGGUCUUGACAUACUGUGGGUUUCCAGUCACCAAUAAGGGAAUACGAUUGUGAUUUUAUUUUGAAAUGUAUUUAUUGUUAUUUCAAAGGUUCAGUUGUAAUUGUGCCUUUAUUGUGCAAACUGUAGUUUUCCUUUUACGUUUGAAUUGACUUGAAACAUCACAAGUGUUGACUAUGUGUAAAACGUUUUUGUAAUCUGUUGGUGAGUCGCAAUCACAUUGGGUACAGUCGCAGACUGAAUGGCAACCCCUGGAAGGUGAAGAGGGCCAAAGACUGUUCAGGACUAAGCCAUAUGAAAAACUCUCUCUGACACUCUAGGACAGACUUGAAGGUGACGGCCGUUUCUAUCGCUUCUCUCUCCUUUUUUCUUUUUUUUGCUUGUGGUGCUUGUAUGUGCUGCUGUGCUACAUGCCAAUUUGAUUUGCAGUGUAUCGCUAUUAAGAGUAAGUUACUGUGCCUAUGAUGAGUUCUGCGAUUUCUGUUUGACCUUUAAUAAAAACAUAAUUGUGAUCCUC